AUGUUCAAGAAAGACUUCACCGCCGGCGCCAAGUCGAAGGUCAAGUCCUCCGCCCAGCGAGCCAUCCGCGCUAAAGUCCUCGAGACCUACCCACGCAUUGAACCAUACAUCGACGACAUCCUACCCAAGAAGGAACAGGUCGAUCUGAUCAAGCUUCCAGACCGUGUCUCGCUCUACAGCAUCAAUGGCCAGCCUCUCUUUUGGCAGCACAUGGACGAUGCCAUCAUCCCACACUUGAAGAUCAUUCACAGAUAUCCCUGGUGCUUCACAAGAGUGAGGAUAGACCGGGGCGGCAUCAGAUUCGUGCUCAGUGGUGCUACGCUUAUGACGCCGGGUCUGACAUCGCCGGGAGGAAGGUUGCCGGGCGGGAAAGAGUCAGAGGAGUGGGCGAACGAUGGGAAGGAAAUUGAGGAGAGAGAAGUUGUGGUUGUGGAUGCAGAGGGUAAGGAGAAUGCGUGCAUGGUUGGUGUGCUGAAGAUGGGUACUGCUGAGAUGAAGGAGAAGAAGAAGGGUCCCGCAAUCGAGAAUGGGCACUACGUCGGAGAUGGGCUGUGGAAGCUGGACUUGAAUUGA